AUGCACGCAGCGUCCCUCGCCCGCAACCCGGGUGUUUUCUCUCCGCCAGGUGGUUUGGAUGAUAACGAGAGAGUGCACAUGAGAAUCCUGCAGACCAUUUACAAGAGGCUAACCCGCUCCAGGCUGGGCUGCCCGCGCUACGGGGCGCACUGGGAAGAGCUCGGCUUUCAAGGUGCGGAUCCUGGGACUGACCUGCGAGGGACGGGGAUGCUGGGCUUGAUGCAGAUGCUGUACUUCGUCAUGGACUCUCGGACGCUGCCUCUGGCCCAAGAGAUUUUCAAACUAUCCCAGCACGAAACCCAGAAUUUCCCCUUCUGCAUCAUGUCCGUGAACAUCACCCGCAUCGUCAUCCAGGCCCUGAGGGAGGAAUGUCUCUCCAGGGGAGCGCCCGCCGUGUCCAGGGGGUCGCUGUCUCGUGGUGGCUUGGGGUGGGUGGUGACAAACGGGGACGUUUCUCGCUCCCCGGGCCCGCUCGCGUCGGGCGAGCUGGAGUCGUCCACCAGAAAGAAACCGAAGCAGCUCCUGAAAUCCCUGGAGGCCUACGUGAACCGAAGCCCCGCGGCAGACG